AUGUCGCAGUCUCGUGACUUCAAUAUUGUCGACUUCUUCCGGUCGCGCGGACAAAUGCUACCGAAGAAACGGCCAACACCUGAACCAGACCAUGAUACAAUAGUCCUGGACAUAAACACAAAUGCUCCUGCUACACCUUCCAGUAUACGCACUGUCAAGCACGAUACUCGCAAAUCGAGACACGCACCAUCCCGAUCAGCGAGUCGCUCUGUGACUACACCAAGAAGCGACAGGCGUAUCUCGAUAUCAAUACGAAGUCCCUCCAGCAAAUUACCUACACCUGCUCAACAGCCUACGCCUGUAGAGCCAUCGACGCAGGAACGUGUGAAUUCGCCAAACCUAUCUUCCUCUUUCUCUGUUUCUAACGUCCCCAACUCUAGUCGUCGAGUGGUAAAAGAUGACAAACUACUUGUUGUACUCGAUUCCGACUCCGAUGAUUCACUUGAGGAUCUCACGGAGAUAUUCAGCCGGAAAAAGAAGACUACUGCGCACGCGAGCUCUUCUAAAAAUGACAAAGCCAUGACCGCGGAAGAGGAGGGCACAUGGCUACUCAGCAUGUUCACCGGAGGACUCUCAGAUACGGCAGCAAGAAGACAGAAGAUCAGACAACUGAAAAGGACUGAUCAAGCAAAUUCAUUGAGCAUGUCGUCUAUAUUUGCUGAAGAGGUCAAGGAUAGGGAGGCACAGAAACGGAUGGCCGAGGCAAAUGCUGAAGUGGAAACUUCUGCGAAAGAGGUUGAAGCUAUGAGAGAGGCCGAACGCGACAAGAAGAUGCUUGCGGCUAUCCUAAAAGGAGACGACGGUGGCGCCACAACUAAGGAUCUUGAGCGGCUGGUGGACGCUGUCGACCGUACAGAGGUCUUGGCGGGUGAAAGAGUCUUUUCUUUUUUCGACCGUUUAGGUCCACGAGCUUCAACAAAAAGGAGAAGCAAGAAGGUCGUGUUCCCGAAGGAAGAUAUCCCGGCUUCAAUGUGGAAACCCGAAGAUGUGGACUCUCAAAAUCGUGCCUACCUGUCGGGUUUGAUGGCAGACCUUACUGAAAGCGGUGCUCUUUCCGACGAAGCACUCCAAUGGACAUUCGAUUCCGCGCUCACGGAGGUGCAAGACGAAUUGCAGGAGUCGUACUUGAACUGUCUAUCAAUUGCUAGCUCACAAUGGACACGAGCUAACGUCACACCCAGCGACGUACAUAGUGCGUUUUCAAUGCUGGGUGCAAAGCCGGAAGCCCUUCAAGAUGCCUCGCCAAUAAGAUCACACGCGCAAGCUAGGCGCCCCUUUAGACAGCAAGAGUUCAAGCCUUUGCUUAAAGUUCUCAGGACUUUUGCUGCGAUAUGUCGGGACAUGGAUUUUGUGACACUUAGCAAGUUAUGCUCGACCCUGUCCCGACUUGCUCUUGAUGACGUUGUCAUGGAUAACAACCAAAUAUGCGAAGUUGUCGAAGAUCUUCUUCAGCGGAUUGCCAGUCUCCCCGAUCCUGCCUCCCGAAACCACGUCCACGAGCGCCUCCUUUCGGACCUUGCAGAAAAUCUUACUGAGCCAGCCCUGCAAACGCAAUUUCUGCGCCAUUUCACCCCAACCACUUCAACAGUGGCUCAGUUACGUCUCUGCCUCGCAGCAAGCUUCUCCCUCGGCUCCAAGCGAGCGCGAAAAUUCAUAGCUCAACCUUCACUGAGUUUCCUGGCCACGUAUGUCUCAAAAUCUCCACAUUUUGCACCUAAGGAUCCAAGCUCAACUUUAACGACAGCAGAGGAUUAUCGCAAUUUGACCUGCCUGACCACCCUUCUUGACGCCACUAUCGCUGACGGCUAUCCUCCUUCCACCUUCGCCAGUCGUAGUGACGAAAAUGAUUUCAAUGCUGAUGUCGAUUCCCUUUCGGACACUAUCCAUUCCCUCUUCGUUUCUAUCGCAGAUACCGGUGCAAGCCAUAUGCACAGAACAAAAGCAAAGGAUGCGUUGCAAGCUCUGCAUUGUAGACUUGUUUAUAGCGUGAGAACCACGACAAAGCCUAGAAAACAUGUCUUUGACACAGAGGGGAAAUUUGUCGGGGUGGGCCGCAGAAGAAGUGUGCUGCAAAGUGCAGAAGAGGUUGGUUCUGAGAGAAGAGGUCGCCAGUUUAUGAAGGACUUCUUGCGCAAGAAGCAAGACAGGAUCCGGCAGGAGGAAGAGGAGGAGGAGGAGGAGGAGGAGGGCGACGAUGAGGACGAAGAUACUAUCGUGCAUUAG